AUUUACCUGCUGUCUUAUCUAUCUGUCUGCCUGUGUGUGUGCCUGUUUAGUGUACACUGUACGUACGCUGUCGUGCAUUAAUAUUUUUAUUUAUCAUUUAUUGAUAGUUACAUUCUUGGAAUAUAGUGGAUGAGUUAUAGUUUUAAGUGAUAUAUUUACAGUGAUUGGACACGAACUUUAUCGGAACUUUUUAAUUAUAAUAUGUGAAAGUGUUCUUUCGUUAGACUUGUAACCCACGUUCAUUGAACCAUGGAGGUGUCCCACUCCCUGACGUUGAAUGAGGCAGCUCUCCAGCAGCUGCCUGACGACAAGAAGCCGCACUUUAUAUUUGAAUGGCUUAGAUUCCUUGACAAAGUGCUUGUUGCUGCACAUAAGUCUGACAUAAAAAGUUGCCAGCAGCAGCUAGUAGCCCAACUAGUGAACCUCUUACAAAAGAACCUUGGUGGUCCAGCAAGGAGGUUGUUAGCCAGGAACCUGGCAACACUGUUCUCUGUUGGGGAAGCCUUCCUACUUUUUGAUACUGUUAACAAAUGCAACGAUAUCAUCAAGCAUAAGGAUGACUCCCCAUCAUAUCUGCCGACAAGACUGGCUGCUAUAUGCUGCUUGGGAAGUAUGUAUGAGAAACUCGGCAGGAUGAUGGGGCGAUCAUACGAGGAGACUGUGACAACGCUUGUUAGAUCUCUGAAGAACGCCGAGUCGCAGACAAGGCUUGAGAUCAUGAACACUUUGGAAAAGAUCUGCGUGGGCAUGGGCACGGCAGCCCCGGCGGCCGUCCGCGAGGUGUCCCGCGCUGCCCGCAACGCCCUGGUCUCGGAGCGGGCGACGGCGGUGCGCGCGGCCGCUGCCCACACGCUGCGUCAUCUGCUGCCCCUCAUGAGACUCACACCAGCAGACUUGGAUGCUAUAGCAGCAGCUUGCUUGAGGGCUGCGCAUCCCAGUGACUAUAUCUUACGAUGUGCUAUAGCCGAGCUCCUCGGGGCGUUGAUAGCGAUAACGCAGGCCGGCGAAGUCACUAAUUUAAAUUCGAAAAUGAAAGGUGGAGCGCAAUCAGUUCAACAAAAGAAAGACCCGCCAAAGAACGUAGUCUCUCUUGACGAAGCACUAAACUUGCUGAUGGGGGCGUUCCUCCGUGGAGGCACCUCCUUCCUGAAGGGAGAGAUCAUCAAGUCAGGGUCAGGAGUCAAUAGGGAAGUGAGGGUCUCUGUGACACAUGCAUACGUAGUCUUCGUACAAAACAUGGGAGGCGUGUGGUUGGAACGCAACAUGACUACCUUCCUGAACCACGUUCUUGAUCUCGUGGCGAAUCCUAAAGCAGCUAGCUCACACGUCGACGCCGUCUAUUCAAGGAAAUGCAUAAACUUUAUACUACGCAACACUUUGGGCAAGAUGUUAGGCGAGAAAGCUCAAGCGUCAGCCUGUCGCGAGAUCAUUCAGAUAGUCAUCAAACAGAUGAACAGCAUCGACUUCAACCCUGAAAACGCUAAAGACUGCAACCAGGAAACAUUAUUCAGCCAACAUUUGCUAGUCUGUGCGUUAAUGGAGGCAGGUGAACUGGCACUGCAACUCGGUACUUCUGUGCAAAACCUGGUGUCCGAUACCUCUUUGAACAUGGUUGAUGCUAUAUGUACUGUACUAGAACACCCGUGUGUGGCCGCGCGGCUGGCGGCGGCCUGGUGUGUCCGCUGCGUGUGCGUGGCGCUGCCGUCGCAGAUCACGCCGCUCAUCGACAAGUGCGUGGACGCGCUCGACGCGGCCAGGCCUACACCGCAUCAUAUCUCUGGUUAUUCAGCGGCAUUAGCAGCUAUUCUGGGUGCGGUUCGUCUAUCACCUUUAGGCGUGCCGCACGGGCGCGGCAAAGUGGCUUUUAACGCCGCGGAACAGUUACUGCGGUCUGCGGGACAUAGCAGCAGACUUACAGCCGCGAGGACCAAUGCGGGCUGGCUUAUAGUCGGCGCUAUAUGUACGCUAGGAGUACCCGUUGUCCGCGGAUUGUUGCCUAGAAUGUUGUUGCUAUGGCGCAACAGUUUCCCGCGGUCAGCUAAAGAACUUGAAUCAGAGAAGUCUAGAGGGGAUGCGUUUACUUGGCAGGUGACCUUGGAAGGUCGUGCGGGCGCUUUAUCAGCGUUACACAGCCUGCUCAUUCACUGCCCGUCGCUAGUCAACAACGAUGACACUGCUAAACGACUGUCGCAGCCAAUAGAUGGCGCUAUUGCAGUUCUUACUAAUGUAAGCAGCGUAGUCCGUUCAUACGGCGGCGCUCUAAAGGCCCCUGCGGCGUUACUCCGCCUGCGCGUGUACCAGGCGUGCGGCGCGUUGGGAGGCGGGGCGGUCCCGCCGCCCGCGCCCCUGCUGCGGCUGCUGGCGGCCGAGCUGGCCGGGUCCGCUGACCCCAGCGGGGCCAAUGUGGCUACUGGUGUAUUAAGAAGUGCGAUGCAUCCGCGCGACACAAUACUCUUGGGUGAGGAAGGAUGGAUUUAUGAGACCGACCACGCUGAUAUUGAGGAACAGCUAAUCUCCCCUCUAAGCGCGAGUGGUUCAGGCGCGCUAGAGCACGACCCCUGCUGCCUGUACCGCGGCCUGACGGGCGCGCAGCCGCUCGGCGUGGCCGUCAUUGACGCCGCUGUCAUGCUGUUCCCGCAGAUAUUCGCCAGAGCCGCUAAUAAGCAUCGGCAACAAAUGCUAGAACAUUUUGCGGAAUGUAUCAAGAUGUCUAAAGGCGCUCGUCAAGAAGCCAUACAAAUAAACAUUUACACCGCGCUACUGUUGGCGCUGCGGUCGCUGGCUGAACUGAAGAGCUCUUUAGGACAAGAUGCUGUGAAGAACAUUGCUAUCGACCUUGCUAUUAACGGUCUGUCGGCCCCGAGCGCGACAGUGCGCGCGGCGGCGGCGUCGUGCGUGGGGCGCGUGUGCGGCUGCGUGAGCCCGGGCGAGAGCGCGGCGCUGUCGGAGCGCGUGCUGGGCGCGGCGCGCGCGGGCGGCGCCCGGCCCGCGCGCGCCGCCGCCGCCGCCGCGCUGGGCGCGCUGCAGCGGGCCCGCGGCGCCGCGCCCUCCGCCGCCGCGCUGCCCGUGCUCAGGACGCUGGCGCAGGACUCCGCUGCUGUUGACCUGCAGGUAUGGUCUCUCCACGCGCUAUCAGUGCUCGUCGACGCAUCCGGCCCAAUGUUCCGAAGCCACGUGGAAUCGACUCUGAACCUGGCACUCAAGCUGCUGUUCACAGCGCCACCGUUCCAGGAGGACUUGCAUCGGAGCAUUGGCAGGUUACUGUCCGCGCUUAUAACCGUGGUCGGUCCAGAGUUGCAAGUCGUAGCAGUGGGUCGGUUCGUAUGCGCGUGCGCAGCCCUGGGCGAGUACGGCGGCGGCGCGCGGGCCGAGGCCACGGGCUGCCUGCAACAGCUGCAGAUGUUCGCGCCUGAUCAUAUCAAUCUGCACACGCUUGUUCCUCAUCUCUGUCGCGACUUAUCAAGCUCGGAGUUGACAGUUCGCCGCGCCGCUCUCUGCUGCCUCCGUCAGCUCUCCCAGAAGGAAGCCGCCGAAGUCUGCAAGUAUGCGUUGUUGGCGAAAGAUCACGUUCCUGCCAAACCUUAUUGCGGAGUGGUUAUCACGGAGACAGGUCUCCCGGGAGCCCUUUUCACGUUCCUGGACAGCGAGAGAGACGACAUGGCGCUGUCUUAUGCCCGGGACACACUGACCUGCUGUCUACUGGCGGCCGCCACACAUCGGAAUGUCCGGGACUGGCUGGCGUUAGCUAAGCGAGUACUUACGAUAAGAUUGGAAGACAGCAACAAUCCCGAGACGGACUUCGACGGCGAGGGCGACGACGACCAGGCGGAGUUCCACGCCGAGUCCGAGACCUCCACACACCCCGCCGUGCAGUCCCGGUGGCCUACCCGGGUGUUUGCUAUGGAGUGUAUUCAGAAGAUAAUGGGCGCUUGCGAGGCGACCGGGGAGAGCGCUCACUUCGAUCUCGUCAAAGCCAAGGAGAAGCUAUUGAAUGACCCGGAUGGUGACUACCUCUCGCUACACCUAUCGGACCUCGUUCGCAUGGCGUUCGUAGGCGCUACGGGCGAGUCCGACGCGCUACGCCUGUGCGGUCUCAAGACGCUACAGAUCAUCAUACAGCAGUACGCGAGAGCUCCAGAACCUGACUUCCCUGGACAUUUGUUGCUAGAACAGUAUCAGGCACAGGUGGGAGCGGCAGUUCGACCGGCGUUUGCGGGCGACACAGCCUCCCACGUGACCGCGGCCGCUUGUGAUGUUUGUUCAGCCUGGAUCGGCUGUGGUGUUGCCAGAGAUAUAAACGAUCUUAGACGAGUUCAUCAACUUCUGGUCUCAAGUUUGGACAAAUUAAAUACGAAAGGCAAUACCACAUUGAUUUACAACGAAAGCAUGGCAACACUGGAAAAGCUGUCCAUUUUGAAGGCUUGGGCAGAGGUAUACAUAGUAGCGAUGGUAAGCAACGGCAGCGCACCUGGCAGUUACGUCAAACAACUCGAUUCCAAACCGUGCAAUGAUCGCGCAGAACUCGCUAAGUGGCGCAACCAGUUGCUCCAGAACAACAACCAGAUCGACAACUCAACCCCCGACACGCCUGAGGACGAGGAGUAUGGGGAAUUUGAGUCUAAAGGGGAGAGUUUAUUGAAACUCGUUGAACCUGAGUUGGAAAGUUUGGGGGAGAAUUGGAUUGCUGCGUUGAAGGAUCAUGCGCUGUUGAGCUUGCCGCCAGAGUUCGCUUCGCAACUCCCUCACGGCGGCGGCGCGUUCUACUCGGCGGAGACAGCGGAAGCGUCCCGCCAGCACUACGCGCGCGCCUGGCCCUCGCUACUGUACGCGGCGUCGUUGAGGUUCAAUGCUAACAUCUCACAGCCCCCCACUGAGAGUACUGAACAAACUGAGGCUAACCUGGACAACAGGUCCACUAAGACUGAGAAUGGAAACUUUGAAUUCUUCGAACCUAUUGAUGAAAGAUUCCAUCUAUUGUUUGGUAUCUGCACGGAGGCUCUAUGCGCGCAGCGAGAUAUGACUGAAGAGAAUAUAAUAUCAGUUCUACUGUCUCUGGUCACACUACUUGAUGCCCCGGAAAAUAGGGCCAGGUUAUUGAAAGACAGGGCUUUGGCGAUAGAACUGUGUCAAAUAAUCCAUCGUACUGGUCUGACCCAAGAGAGUAUUGAAGCACUGCUACUUGCUGCUGAUGUUCUCAGGCUGGUCAUAGAUGGCGCUAGGGAGCAACUGCAUGCUACCAUGCAGGCGAAAAUUAAAGAACUAGCACCAAACGAAGCUUCAGAGGGAUCGACCCCACAGUCUGUACUAGAAGUAGUUCACACUCUCGGCGAGGGAGGUCCCACAGGGGACUUACCUCCGGGCAAGUCCGUGGUCUUCGCUUGCCUCGAGGCCUGCCUCUGCCUGUUAGUCCGCCGACUCCCUGCGCUUUCGCCGAAGAAACACGGCGGCGCUGUCGGCGUGAUCGGAGUGCCGAAAGGGUUGGGCGUACACGGUGACAUGUUGCUAGUCAAGAGUUUGUCCGCCAUGUCUGAACUGCCGUCUUUGACAAGUCCUCAAGGUGCCCUAUCUAUCCUCCCGACUCUCCUAUACCUGGGCACGGAGGUCCUCCGCCUGUGUUCUGGCCGCGGCGCGGCGGCGGAGGCGGGCGUGUUGCUGCUGCAGCGGGCCGCGGACUGCCGCGUCGUGCGGCUGCACCAACACACCAAGCAGGCACACGGGCAGCUGUUACACAGCGCUCUCGCCAAACUCGUCGAGAGGGUCAAGAGUGACGAGCCAGACCAGCGUAUUGAGCCAGUGAUAGGCGCCCGCGGCAUGGCGGUCGUGUUGAACCGCGCCGCGCCCUCGCCGCCACUGCACUACCCCUGCAUCAACCACUUCCGACAGUGUCUCGAGUCCAAUGAUAAUGAAACGUUCGCGGAGUGUUGCGGCGUGGUCCGCAGCGUGUGGCGCGCGGGCGGCGCGGAGGGCGCGGAGGGCGCGGCGCGCGUGUCGUGGUGGGCGCGCGGGCUGGGCGCGCUGCUGGUGGGGCGCGCCGCCGCCGCGCGCCGCCCCGCCGACAUGCCGCACACGCGCGCCGCCGUCGCCGCCGUCACGGCGCUCGACGAACUCGUCAACGCUGCGCCGGACUCUGCACGUAUCAAGAUGCUAUGGCUGCUGGUCCCCAUCGUGAUAUCCUACCUGCGUGAAGGUGCAGAGUUACAGCGCGCGGCGCCACACGUCCGCGCACUCCACGAGUUCGCCUUGCAAUGGCUAACUAAAGUCGGACCUAAACAUCCACAGGAAUUCAAAACAAUGAUGCAACAAUCAUCUGAACUGCGCAACAAGCUAGAGAACGCAUUGAAAGCCAAUCAGGCAAGCGUGCGGUCCGGCCGGGCUGCGCAGGCGCAGAGACCAGUGUUCGACGCCAAGCCAGCCAAACCUACCAUACAGUUGAAGACAGACUUCAGUGAUUUUAGGUAAACGGUCUAUAAAGAUCAAAAUGGCAUAAAUUGUGACUGUAUUACAUGAAAACUGUAACUAAAUCAAAUCAUAAGUAACUGGUAUAUGGAUUGAAAAUUGAUAAAGGUUCGUUGUUUGAAAAUUGGACCUUGUUACAAUGUAGGUACGGAUCAAUUUUUAUUUAAGUAUGAUAUGUUAAAAGUCACCGUAUGUUAAACUUAUGUUUGUAAACUACCAGUUACUCAAGUAUAUUAUUGAACUUGUGGAAGCGUGAUAGGCACUACACGGUGUUGAGUCUCUAUUCCACAUCCGCAAGAAUUUUACUUGCCUGCUUGUCUUAUGAUUAAAAACUCCAAAUACAAAAUUACAUAAGAAUUGUUUUGACUCGUGGGUUAUUUUUUGAACCUUAAACUAUGAUACGGAUGACUUUCCGUUUGAAGGUAUUAGGAUUUGACAGUAAAUCUAUACAAAAUAGGUGUUUGGAAAGAAAAUUUAAAACUAAUUUGAGAUUGUAGGUCCUAAACGAAACAGUAUUCAGAAUUGAGUGACAGAUUUUUAUGAUUUAUAAAAUGUGUUUUCGUUUCAAAUUAUGUUAUUGAUCGAGAAAUAACGUCAUCGUUUCGAAUAUUUAUUUUCUCGUGUUAUGUUCUUUCUAUUAAGCUGCGUAUUAUGUUUUAAAUAAAUUAACAUUUUCUUUUUAUUGUGAGAAUGAAUAAAAGUGUGCUUAGAUUAUAACAACUAAUUAGUAAAUAACGAAAUAUUGUGUAUUUAAAUAGUAAACUUUUAUUUACAAAUUGUAUUUAAUAUUUGUAUAAACAUAUGUGUUUAAACUCUGUAGCCUUGGAUAGUAUGAUUUUCAUUAUCUAUGUAACUUUCAGUUUAUUUCAUUAAAUUAUAAUUAUGAAGAAGAAAAAAUUAUCGAAACAAAAUAACACAAUACUUACCCAUUCUGUGUAGUUUCAAACAUUCACUUUUUAACGUUUUUUUUGUAAAGACCAUAUUUCAUAACAUUAAUUCCCAAUUUAAACGAAACAUGUGAUCCAAUUAAAAUUGAGCCUUAAUGUACUAUGCAAUAAAGUUCAAUUUCAGCUUUGUGGUGGGGAAUGAAUGCACAAGUAGACAAUACACAGACUAUAUUAACCAUUCCAUAACAAUAAGUUAUCAAAACAUUUCCUUACAAAACUUAGGCAAAAAAGAAAGAGAAGGCGCUACCUACCUAGUAUCUUUCUCUUUGUCCGUUACGGGAACUGGCAUGGUUUGACACUAUAGUGGCACUAUUUCAAAGCAGUAACUAAUUGUAAACAUGAUUUGAAAAGUGACUUUCGUAAAACAUUGAGUGUGCAAUACCAGUGUUAUGUUAUUGACCAUGACUAUUAAAAACAAAACUGCAUAUAAAAUAAAGAGGCGUGUUGACUAUAGAGCGAAUAAAAUUAAUUAUGUACGUCGCUUAUGUCUGUUAAUCUGGGAACGUCCUUUGGGAAGUAGCGUGAGGAUAGCGAUAGUGACCUGCAUUUUGUACGCGACAAAUAUAGAGACAUUUUUAAAUGUAAUUUUCCGAAGCACCAUUUGACACCUGACAGUCAAAAUCUGAGGAUUUCAAUAUAUUUUAUCCUGCGACGAUUAAAACCUCAUUUAACGUAAUAUUAAUAUAAGACUUUUAAUAAAUUUUAGAACAAUAACAUAUUAAGAUGUAGAGAGAAGCGUAGCAAUCUCGUUAUAUCGUAGCUGUUAAGAUUCCGUGAAGUAUGGUCAGCAAAAAAUAUAACAAAAAAAACAGAAAAAACUUUUUGUAAGGCCUACUUAAAAAUAAUGAUUUAAUGGAACAAUAAAUUAUACACGACCACGUUAAGUUAUAAUACUUUUCACUUACAUAUUUUUUGCUGACCCUAUCAACUAUUUGAUUGACUAGAAGAGAAAACGAAAUUAUAGUCAUAGACCUCGUUUUAACUAAAAUAAUAAAUAUAUACGAUUAGAAUAUUUGUAGCAAAAAAAAAUAUAAAAUUAUGAAAUACUCAUAUCUAUAUUUACAAUUAAUUAUAACAAUAAAGGUAAAUGAAAUAAAACCUACAAAAUCAAACGGCCCUGUGAUAGUUCCUUUAUAAAUGAAACAGAAAUCCGUCAGUUUGUAUGUAUGACAGGUAGAGUUUGAGAUGGGAUUAUAUUUCAAACAUAGUAAUUCUUAUUGAUAUGCAUAUUCUCAUUUGCUAGGCCUAGGACUAUACUAUAACACAUUAUGUCAAUCCCACAAUAUUCUCAAGAAUCUGCGACACAAGGAUUCAAUUCCUUAGUGCGGGAGCCGAAAAAAAUAUUGACGGUAUCUCCAAAUGACGUGACUUUAAUAUGUCAGUUUAACAUACUGACAUAUGAGCGAUUCGUUGCCUUUUGUCUAGCUCAUGGUGAAAUGAAACUUGUCUAAAUGUCCUGAAUAACGAAAGUUGAAGAAUGUAACCAUAUUUCUUAAUUGUGUCAGUUUAGUGCCAUUCUAAUUGCUACUCAAUUGCUUUUUUUUAUGCUUUCAAUAUAUGUGUAUAGAUUAAGUUUGGAACAUAAUCCCAACUCCCUCGUUAGUAUUGUGUAUGCGGCGAAAAAGAACAGAAUUUGCCAAAUUUUAAUGGUAUACAAAAUAUUUUUACAUACUUCCAAAUGCAUUACAUUAUAAGUGCUUCACGUUCCUAAUCGGACUUUUAUAAUAAUUUUAUAGCUUCCAUAUUGUCUUAAGUUAUUCUGUCUUUGCCAGUCAAUUAUAUUUAGCUGUUUAGGAGAAUAUAUUUAUUUAGAUUUAAGUUGCAAAACAUUGUACCUAUUUUAGCUUUUUGUUCAAUAAAGUAUAUUAACAUAGU